GAUAGGAAAGGGUUGAAUAAAAAAGAAAAAAAAAAUGGGAAGGGUAUCAAGUUUGGUGAUUGGUUUGAUGGCAUGCCUGAUGGCAGCAUCAGUGCAUGGGGAAGACCCUUACGUCUUCUACACCUGGAACGUCACCUACGGCACUGUUGCACCAUUGGGUGUGGAACAACAGGGCAUCCUCAUCAACGGCCUGUUCCCAGGGCCAGAAAUCAACUGCACCAGCAACAACAACAUUGUCGUAAACGUCUUUAACUUCCUCGACGAGCCCCUCCUCUUCACCUGGAACGGUAUCCAACACAGGAAGAACUCAUGGCAAGAUGGCACCUUGGGAGCCCAAUGCCCCAUCCUCCCAGGUACCAACUACACCUACCACUUCCAAGUUAAGGACCAGAUCGGCAGCUACUUCUACUACCCCUCCAUCGGCAUGCACCGCGCCGUCGGAGGCUUCGGUGGUUUGAGGAUCUACAGCCGCCUUUUGAUCCCAGUGCCUUAUGCUGACCCCGCCGACGAGUUCUGGGUCCUCAUCGGUGACUGGUACGGCAAGACCCACCAGACCCUCAGGCAAUUCUUGGACAGUGGACGUAGCAUUGGCAGGCCCAGCGGAGUCCAUAUCAACGGCAAGAACGGUGGUCUUGAGCCCGCUUACACCAUGGAGCCCGGCAAGACAUACAAAUACAGAAUCUGCAAUGUGGGGACCAAGAACUCCCUCAACUUCAGAAUCCAAGGCCAUCCCUUGAAGCUCGUCGAGAUGGAAGGCUCACACGUUGUUCAGAACAUCUACAACUCCCUCGACGUUCACGUUGGACAGUGCUUCUCUGUCCUCGUAACCGCCGACCAGGAGCCCAAGGACUACUACAUGGUCGCCUCCACUCGCUUCACCAAGAAGACCCUCGGCGCCACCCGCAUCAUCCGUUACUCCAACGGUGUCGCUCCCGCCUCCCCUGAGCUUCCCCCAUCACCCGAAGGCUGGGCUUGGUCUCUCAAUCAGUUCCGCUCCUUCCGUUGGAACCUAACCGCUAGCGCCGCCAGGCCCAACCCUCAGGGCUCUUACCACUACGGCCAGAUCAAUAUCACUCGCACCAUCAAGCUCGUUAACACCCUCAGCAGGUCUGGUGGAAAACUCCGCUACGGACUCAAUGGUGUCUCCCACCUUGACAACGAAACCCCAUUCAAACUUGCUGAGUACUACGGUGUAAGCGACAAGGUUUUCCAGUACAACCUCAUCUCCGACGACCCCAAUUCUCUCAUCGGCGACCUCACCCUUGCUUCUAACGUCAUCACCGCCAACUUCCGUGACUUCAUCGAAGUCAUCUUCGAGAACCCCACAAAGGUUCCCCAGUCUUACAACUUGGAUGGCUACUCUUUCUUUGCCGUCGCCAUUGAGCCAGGGAAGUGGUCACCGGAGAAGAGGAAGAACUACAAUCUUCUGGAUGCUGUGAGCAGACACACCAUUCAGGUGUUCCCCAAGUCCUGGGCUGCUAUCAUGUUGACAUUCGACAACGCUGGUAUGUGGAACUUGAGGUCGGAGCUUGGCGAGAAUCGUUACCUUGGACAGCAGUUGUACGUUAGUGUUUUGUCUCCAAACAGGUCCCUCAGGGAUGAGUACAACCUUCCAGAUACCCAGCUUCUUUGCGGCAUAGUCAAGGAUAUGCCUAAGCCACCACCUUACUCUUCCUAAACUUGGUUUCUUCUUCAAUCAGAGCCACCUCGUCGAUCGCUUCAACACUUCAUCAUCACACUCUCCGAUCGAUCCACGACAUAUUCCUUCAUUAAUUAAUUAGCUCUUGUAGUUAAUUAAUUUCUAUCUUUGUGGUCACUGAUGUAUCAACCCUUUCCUAUAAUUCGAAAUCAAUUAUAUAUAUUCACACUCCUUCCUUCUGUAUCAAUCAUUCUCUCUACUU